AUGAGACAGCGGCGACGAUCGAAAGACACCUGCACGAUGACGAUGUCCUUGACGGCGAUGGUUUUGGCGAUGGCGCUGGCGUUGCUGCCGGCGGAGGCCGAGGCCGGUGAGCGGUGGUCACGCCAGUUGACCGAAUUCAGUGGCGUUGUAACGGGACCGGGCAACGACUGGGUGCCACUUUCACGCCCGAUCGACCGCCAGAGCGGGGCCCGGGUGCUCAACUACUUCACGGCCCCGGCCGGGCUCCAGCAGGGCGGCAGCUUCCUCGGGCCGGACAACGUGGCGCAGGCCCAGCAGCACCACUUCACCUUCCUGAACCACCAGUUCCCGCAGUCGAACCGGUUCGUGCUGCAGCCGCAACCGCAGCAACCGGAACUGCAGCCAUUCCACCACCUCUCGAGCCAGCCGACCUUCCACCACCAGCGGCCCGGCCCGGCGUUCGUGGGCCAAACCAUCCAGCAUCCACCGCCACCACCGCCACCAUCCGUGCAAUCGUCCGCGAAUCCUUUCGAGCAGCAGUUCUUCCCCAAGUCGGAAGCCCUCCCGCUGACGCAGGACGACAAACCGUCGGCUGCGGCGGCAGAUCAGCCGUUCUCGUACCAGCACAUCCGCCAGCCGCCGGAACUGGAACCGACGGGGCCACGCCAACCGGCACCCGUCUCACAGGAGGAAGUCCAGCUCCUGUACGUCCCGGUGGAGACUCUGUUCAAUCAGAAGCCUGUCCCGGAACCGUCCUCACCAGCAUCCUCCUCGAUCGACUCCGGCGCCAGGUUUAACGCCCUGCCGCACCCGGUAAGCCCGUCGCUGAUCAACGACUUCUACACGGCCAGCACGGCAACGACAGCGACCGUGCAGCAGUCCCAGCGAACGACGGCUCCGACACCAGCGACGAAACCCAAGCCGAAUCAGCCACCGCUAGCCCUGUUCCUGUACAACGAUGGCCGCCAGAGUAAGCUGUCGACCGGUGACGCACUCGGAGGUCUGAAGAACGUCAACGAGAUUGCGGUUCUGGAUGCGGUCGGCAAGAACAGCCCGAAGGUGUUCAUUGGUCCGGCGGGUCUGACUCCGCCGAAGAGCUACUCACGCUUCGACCUACCGUACCUAUCGAGUGUGGACGGGCUGGCGGCAGCGGGACGGGCCAACCGCAAGAUCGAGGAUCACCCGUUCUACGUGGCCCCGCUCAGCCACAAGACACCGGCCGGCUACUCCAAGAUUGCCCUUCCGGCACCGCACGUCGGUUCGGUGAUCGUUCGCCAACAAGCCGCAGGAAAUGCGCUCGCCCCGGACCAGACCCCGUUCUACACUCGCCCCACACCCGCCCAGAGCCACGUCCAGUACUACACGCCUUCGACGCUGAACUUUGGCGAUCCGGCCGUGACCACCAAGCAGGACGCCGAUCACUACUCAUCGCCUACGGGGCGCCCCACGACAACGCAGUCGGUCGCGACGCAGUCCUCACCCGACGGACGAUCCGUGUCGCAGUACAACUCAUUCAGUGCGGCAGUUCCCACACGCCACCACCACUCGACCGCCGCCGCCGUCAAUGAGGAGUACUUCAAUUUGGCCAAAACGAAGAAACCAGUCCCCACGACCACCGGCCCGUUCCGGAGCGGAACCGGCGUAACGCGCCAGUUCGACUUCAAACCGAUGCCGGAACAGCGAAUCCCGACCGCAUACGAACCGAACGGCGAAUACCUGACGACACCGAUCACAACGACUCCCGUCACGACAACCUUCCUGACGACGACGACCGAGAAACCGACGACGAUCGAGCAGCGGCUGCAGCAGCUGGAAGCGGAUCGCAUGAGAACCCACUUCCGCGAGGAGAACUUCCGUAGCCGGCACCGACCGCAGUACCAGCACCAACCGGCGACGGUGUCCACGGAGCGGACCUACGAGGAUGUUCCGGCCAAACAGACCCACUUCGUGCACAAAUUCAAACUGGUCGACUCCGUGCGGCCGUCGGCGCAGACAAAAUCGAUCGUCGACAAUGCAUUCCUGGAGUUCUUCUCUCCGCGCCCGGCCACCCCGGUCGAAGACGAUCAGAUGGUUCGCACCACCGUGACGGCCUUUUUGCCGUCGAGCGCCAGCGGCCACGAACGGCAGGCGAUCCGCAACAAUUACUACAACUCGAUCGGAUCCGGCCUCGACGAGCAGACUGGCACCGGUCCGAGGCAGAAGUUUGUCAACACGUACUACACCAGCGCGGAACCGGGAUCGCGGUCCACCACGGCCGGAACGGUCACUCCCCCGACGGUGGCCACGAGCACCACCCUCAGCACGCAGGAUGCCUUUUUCCGGGAGUUCGAACAGAAGAGCAAGUUCUUCGAGCGGGAGCCCAAAUACCGGACGCACUUCGGUGGCCAGGAGCUGGGUUCCACCAGCGCCGGAGCGUACAUCAACAAGUACCGGUACGAGACGGACUUUACGGACUCGCCGCCACGCUACUCCGUGAAGGUGAUCACGACCGGUGAACCGACAACGACCGUAGAACCGGCACCGGCUACCGAACAGUACAGCGUCCCCUCGGAGCUGCCCCCGAUCAGUGCCAACCUUCCCGGUUUGGUGAACGCCCUGAUGGACGAUCAGUGGGCGGGUCGGCCGGCCAACGGUCAGACCACGAGCAGGGACGUUACACGGGUACCGCAUUCGCGCAAACACCGCCCGACGACUACGCCCGGUGACUCCUACGAUGACACGCCGGUAACGACCACCAGGAGACCUCUGCAGCGGGGCCGUCGUCCACACCCAUCCCGGACGACGCCGGCACCGGAUGCGGCGGGAGACUUCCCGAGCAGCACCCGGGCUCCGAGUCAGCGGUCACGCUCGCGUUACGUGCCCAACAACGACGAACGACCGAUCGGUCGUACCCGAAGCCGCAGCCGACCCAACACGCCGCGACCCGCGGCACCGAAGCAGGACCUCGACUACCAGCGGGACGUGCUGAAGCAAAACUAUCCCGUCAUACGGCCACAGUCGCUGGCGAACGGGGAAUCAUCCGCCGGCGAACCCGUGGCAACGACACCGACCACGACCACAACGACGACCGUGGCCCCGCCGACCACGACACCAUCCUCAACCACUCUCAUCUACCGAGACGCGUAUGAAGAUCAAACCGAUCGGCUGAUUGCCACCACGCUGAUCAACGAGGUGCCCCUCGGGCCGGAACAGCACGAGGUGACGCGCAAGUACUCGACGUACUUCAGCGAGGAACCGUACGAGCCGGAGGUCACCGCCACGACGGCAACCCCACCGCAAACGACCAACUACUUCCGGCCGGCCAGCACCGAGCCGGAGGCCGAGUAUCCGUCACGCUCGCGGGAAGUGAUUCCCCUGGACCACUCGGUGAUUCCGCUACGGUCUACGGAAGCACCACGCCAGACGUCCUCGUUCUACACCGAGGCGGACAGUGACGAAAGGAACUACAGCCGGGAACCGAUGGAGGACGGAGUGAUGGAGCUCAAGAAGGUGGAAACGCCCGUACGCCCCGGACGCCGGCCAAAUCUCUUGGCCCGCCAACCGUACGCUGGGCGCUCAACCACCGAACGGACCACGACGGUCCGGACGACAACGAGUCCGGCCGAGACGGUGCGCAGUUCCGGACGCCGGCCAGCAUUCGUUCGCCGACCUUCGAGACUGUACGCCACUUCGACGGUGGCACCCCCGGUACCGACAACGACCUCUCCGAGCGCGGAGGGCGCGGAGCAGCCCACGCAAGGAUCCUACUCUCUGCGUACCAAAAAUCGACAAGACAUCCUGAGAGGCCGUACACGACAGCGACCGACCACGACAACGGCGGCACCGGAACCGAACGACUCACCAGCUACAGCCGCCUCUCCGGACACGGCUGCCACGCGAGGCUUUGGGCGAACGGGUAGCCUGCGACGAACGGCGGGCAACUUACGCUCCCGGCAGGAGGCAACCGCACCGCCUACUACGCAGCAACCGCCGGCAACCGCGGGCAACGGGGGGCCACGGUUCAGGAUUCGCGAACGGACCCGCUUCACGCUGCAGCCCCAGGAGUCGCAGUGGUCGACCAAGCUGAACCAGAACUCGUUCCAGCCGGUGCUGAAACCGGCCACACACACCAGCGACGAGCCGGAAGAUGAAACGGAAGAUGUGUCGCACGAACCGGAAACGGAAAUCGUCACCGCCGUCUCGCCGGACAGUGAGAUGUACUUUGUGAACGUUACGUCUAACCUCAACCAGAAGGGCAGCGAGGAAGAUAGCCACGCUGAGGACAGUACAGAACAUAGUCCCUCGUUUGCUGACCUGCUGAAUGACGUUAUGAAGGAUUUCAUCAAGGACGCUUCCCUGGCGGCGCCCUCGAAGGUCGCCGAAAAAGUGGAAGAAGCGACCGAGCGCGACCGGACUUCCUCCAGCUUCCGCAACAAUUUCCUGCGCAAACGGAGCCGACCAAGGGUGAUCGAUUCGUUCGAAGCGGCCGAAUCGCAGCACAUCAAUCGUCACGCGACGCAGACCCUAAACGGUGCCGGCCCCCAUCUGCACUACCCGGUAAAAAACAUCGACCGGGCCACACUGCCCCUGGCGAAGAAUGACCUGCAGGGCGACGAUAACCGGUUUGAAGCGGCCCAGCCCGAUGAGCGAGAAAAUACGGCCCAGGAAGAGUCUACGGCGGCACCGACGGCAAACGACGACACGACAACCGAUGAGGUGCCGACGCUGGUGCCCGACCUACCGGACCCAAGCAGCAACCCGACGGCUGACUCGCAGACAACGGUAAAACCAGCGGACGAGUUGGUGCCCACGGUGGCCGGGUCCGAGCAGGCCAGUUCCACAGGCGCCGCCCCGCAAGCCAUCACGGCAGAGGCUGCCACAACGUCGGGAGCGUCCGGUAUUUUCGAUGACGUCAAAAAGCAACUUUCCGAUCUGUACAAAAUGGCCGAAAAUGAUCCCGAAACGGAGGAGGUCCUUGACCGGGAGGACGAUCCGUUGACCGGGGCGGAACAUCCGGACGAUCUGCUCGACGUACCGACCACCGAGGAAACAGCGGCGGCUGAAGCGGGUGUCGAGUACCUGGGCGAUGACAAGAGCGUCAUCAGCACGGGUGUUGAUAUGGCACCGAGCGAAACGGAGUACUCGCCGGUCGCCGUCGCCGAUCCGAUGGGUUCGCUCGUCAUCCCGACGUCCGUGUCGAACGGGAUCACGCACGAGACGGAAAUCUGCUACCGUGGCCGAUGCAUAAAGACGGAGGAUGACGAUCGAACGAAGGCAAAGGAGGAACCGUAAAACUAGGAGCCUGCCAAUCAGGGGAGAAGAGCAGUUACCGUCCCCGUCCCCCCCGGUGGGUCACAAAAACACCUGCUAACAAACGGAAUCACCCGGGGCGCGUGGCCGGGAAGGAUUGUGUCGUUAGUCUGUAACAAAUGUAGAGAGUUAUUUAUUUUAGUGAUUAAUUCAAUAAAGAU